AUGACUGACAAUUCCUUUAUUUUGAUUUUGUUGAUAGCUAUCCUGCCUAUUCUUACAUUUGUUACGGUCGUUUAUUUCUGUUUAAGUUUAAUUCAAUAUUGUUUAAGUAAACGAGAGAUUAAUCGGACUGCAGAUGUGACUCUAGAACAGGAGAUUUUCACAAUUCAAAUGAACCCCACAACAACAGACAGAAGAUUUUCCUAUGGACCAUUAAGAUACUCAAAUAAUUAUGAAAUCAACCCUCCACCUUACGAUGCCCUAAUGCCACCACCAAAAUAUGAAACGCUCAAAAUUAAUUUAUUUGAGGAUUCAGAAAAAUUAUGA